AUGGCGCUGCGUACAGUCACUAAGGAAAAUAACGAAAAGGAGAUGGGGGAUCUUUCUUCUGAUACAGAGAUGGCUAUGUACCUGGCCAAGUCUCAGAACGCUCGGAUUGCACGUUCCAGCGAAAUAACUUUCCCAGCAAUAGAGACUCGGCUCGCUCAGGUCGGGACCCUUGUGCAAGAUCAGCUCUUACGGAGGCAAGUUAAGGCGCUCAAAGCCAAGCGACCGGACAGAUUGCAUCAAAACCUUGAUGCUGUCGCUCAUUUGAAAGCCUAA